AGAAACGUAGAAUUGCGCGAAUACACCUACAGUUCUCAGUAUCAAUCCUCGUCAUUGUUCCAAAAGACAAUGUCUGCAGAAGAUCGUGACGAGUCUAUGCGAGAAACUGCAUUACGGCUCGCUAUAGAAGAAGAGAAGAAGCGAAAGACUGACGCAAAUGAUACUCACGAGCGUUCCAUUAUCAUUCUUGGUAGUAAAGGAGUUGGCAAGACAACAAUGGUGUAUCGAUUUCUCGAAAAAGACGAAAAGCCGAAACCGACUAUAGCGAUGGAUUAUUCAUUUGGUCGCAAAACCGUGAAAAGCUUAGUGAAAAAUAUAGUGCACGUGUAUGAAGUGGGUCACUUGGCCUCUUCUUUGGUAUCUGUCGCGAUGACAGGAUCUACUUUAACACAUUCCCCUCAUCAUACUGCGUUAUUGAUGAUGCUGGAUUUAUCGCGGCCGGAAGAAUUGUGGGCUUCCUUUGAAGAGAUUAUGUCAGCGAUACGAAACGGCUUGAAAAUGAGUUAUGACUCUGAUACAAUUGAAGAAUUACGGGAAAGAAGGAAAGCAGACAGGAAAAAAGAAUUGGAACGUGGGGUUGAUCCGUUUCCCAUGAAAAUAUGUAUUAUAGGUGGACGAUAUGACGAAUUCAAGGAAUUUGAGGAAAGUAAGAAGGAGUUUAUUGGCAAGAUACUGAGGGCGAUAGCUCACAAUUUGGAUGCAAGUCUUUAUUAUUAUUCCUCUAAAGAUAAAGUUCUCGUGCGACGACUCAAAGAUUUGUUAUCUUACUUUGGAUUUGGUUCUCCAAUUAUAGAGGAGAAGUACGUGGAUUAUGAGAAGCCAUUAAUGAUACCGGCGGGCAUGGAUUCCUUCGGACGAAUCGAUUUGCAAUUCCCCCAAAUGAAAUCGUCGGCAAUUUUAGACACUAUCAAACAGAUCUACGUCUCUCGUAUACCGCAACUAUCGAAAAACGACGAAGGCACUUUGGAAGACCCCAGCAACGAUCCUAACUUUAACGAGCCCAUUAUCGACAGGUUGAGAGUGCAGCGAGAAGAAGAGAUCAGUGUGUUGCUGAACGAUAUGAUGGAGGGUCGUAUGCCGAAAAUUCCUGUGCCAGAUCCAUUUUAAAGAAUAUAUCUCUUACUUUAGCAUCUGUUACAUUUGUAUAAAUGAUAAAUAAAGAUAUUUUAUUUAUAAGACAAA